CUCUGAGCGGCGCAAAUGAGCAGGUCGAGUCGUGGCCGCGGUCUUCGUCAUGCUGAACCAGCAGGACUACGAGGACCUGGACUAUGGAAAUGUCACGCCAAUCUACACCAUCGGCUCCGACUUCAUCGCUCAGUGGAAGCUGCAGAAGGAGCGCGAGCGGCUGUGUCGCUUUGCAUACCAAAAGCUGCUGGCGACUACGGAGUGCUUCAGCGUGGAUGGCACGGACACCGUGGGCAGCGGGGGCAACGUGGCCAAGCAGAAUCAGCCAAACUGGCAGGCCAGCAUUGCUGAGUUCAUGGCCAACAUGUCUGCAAACGACAGCCUGUCGGGAAACGUGACAGAAGCUCCUGCCGCGCCCAAAGACCUCGCCGUGCUGCCGCCGUUCGAGUUGUGGCAAACCAUCUUCAUCGCGAUCUGCCUGUCCAUCUGCAUCCUGCUGACCGUUGGUGGCAACGUGUUGGUGCUGCUGGCGUUCAUCGUGGACCGAACCAUCCGCCAGCCGUCCAACUACUUCAUCGCCUCGCUGGCGGCCACCGACAUGCUCAUCGGCACCGUGUCCAUGCCCUUCUACACCGUGUACGUGCUGAUGGGCUACUGGGACCUCGGGCCGCUGCUGUGCGACCUUUGGCUCUCGGUGGACUACACCGUGUGUCUAGUCUCGCAGUACACAGUAUUGCUCAUCACCAUCGACCGAUUUUGCUCGGUCAAGAUUGCCGCCAAGUACCGCGGCUGGCGCACCAAGAACAAGGUCAUCUGGAUGGUGACCAUCACAUGGAUCAUUCCAGCUCUGCUCUUCUUCAUCAGCAUCUUCGGCUGGGAGCACUUUGUGGGCUUCCGUGACCUCGCCCCCGGCCAGUGCGCCGUGCAGUUCCUAAAGGACCCUGUUUUCAACACAGCCCUCAUCAUCGGCUACUACUGGACCACCCUGAUCGUGUUGUUCAUCCUCUACGGUGGCAUCUACAAGACAGCCUACGACAUGCAGAAGAAGUCCGAGGCCAAGCAGCGCAAGAUGCAGUCCAUGGUUGCCCUGGGCGUCGGAGCGUUGUCUGGCCUCGGAGGAAUGGGCGGCAUGGGUGGCCCGAGACCGGCGAUGAACAUCUCCAAGACGCAGAGCACUCUGCUCAGCCAGGACAAGCCAAAGCCUGCAACACCCACAACAGCGCAAACCUGCACCACUGCCCAAACACCCGGCGCUCUCGCUCCUGCCGCUCCGAACUCUGGCGACUCCACUUCCAGCCAGAAGACCUCCAAGGCCACCACCGAGACCACCAGCUUUUCAGCUGAUAAGCAUAAGCGAACCGACAACAACGGCGCCGGUGGCGCCGAGAAUGAGAAGUCGGAGCGCUCGAGCAGCCCAGCUUUUGACUCUGACGAAGACGACAGUGGUGGCGACGCUCCCAAGAAGCGGCCUUCGGUCUGCCCCUCGAUCGCAGCCCUUUUUCAAGGGAUCAAGCCACCCAGCAACGGAGCCCCACCAAAGUUUGACGCCCUUCUCGCCCCUCCUUCCGCAGCAUCCCUCGCUCCUCCGCCAUCUAUGCUGGCACCACCCCCGAUGAGCUCCCCUACUCCACCUCCAGCAGCCUCACCUGUACCUUCACUGCCGCCCCCUGUGCCACCACGCAAUCCUCCACCACAGACUGACAAAAGUGGUGCGGACUCGGAAGACAAUUCUUGUGCGUCCGCACCUCCGAUCUACGACGCCAUCACUGGACUCGACAACGCUGACCUGCGCUACAUGGACGAGAGUUCCGUGUCGGUGGCCACGCCUCGGGUGGAGUCGCCGCAAACUUGCUCCCAGAUGAGCACUGCCGAAUCGCCGGCGCACACGUCCCUUCUGCAGACGGCCCUGAUCAGAGCCGCUUCUGCUCAGUCGGAAGCUCCGCCACCGCCGCCCAAGGUAGAAACGGCCGUGGUGGUCGCGGAAAACAAGCCUCCGGUGACCGUGGCCGCUCCAACCCCCAAACCAGAGAACCCGACUCCGGCCAAGGAGCAAAACUUGAUAGAACCGGCGCCGCUGAGUAAACCGCGCGCCGAAGUGGCCCCGCACGGUGGCUCCACUCGCAGAGACCUGGUGAAGUCGAUUGGAAAGCGGCUUCGAGGGAAGCGGCGCAGGAAAGGAGCCGAGAGGCAAAAAUCCAAGUCGGAGAAUCGAGCGAGAAAGGCUUUUCGCACCAUCUCGUUCAUCCUGGGGUGCUUUGUGAUGUGCUGGACGCCGUACCACAUUCUGGCGCUGGUCGAGGGCUUCUGCUCGGAGCCGCCGUGCACCAACGCGCACCUCUACAUGUUCUCCUAUUUCCUUUGCUACGCCAACAGCCCCAUGAACCCGUUCUGCUACGCCCUGGCCAACCAGCAGUUCAAGAAGACGUUCACGCGCCUGCUCAAGGGCGACUUCCACAUGACUUAGAUAUUUUUCUAACAUUAGUCCGCCUCACACUAAGCACACACGACAUUCUCACUCUCACACUCAGAAAAAAAAAUGAAAAGAAAAAGUGCGCGUAGGACCCCCGCGCCGGCCAAUUUGAGCCCUUGACCGGCGCUGCACGUCCUACCCCCACCCCAGAGACAAUCGUUCUUAACUAUCGGCGCCGUCCGUCGCCGCCGCCGGCACGGGUGGCGCCGAUCCGCGUUAGGACUGCAGGCAAAUCACAUAGCCCAGUGACGAGCGAGUGCGAGCGCGCAAAUAACAUGUGAUAUACAUUGAUAAUAAUAGAUGGAAUUGUAAUCAUCUGUAUAUUGUACGUUAAUUAACGUAAGGAUUACUAAUAAUUACCGCGUAAGGCUUUUUAUCGUACGGUAUUUAAAAAAAAAAUAUGUAAAACUAAAACGUGCUUCUUCACGGAGACGCGUCCCGCAGCAAGACGCCCGCUGGAAAUUAUUUUGUACCAGAUCGGACUCUCGGGGUCUUCGGGGACGCAGACCUGUUACCUGAGCUUCUACGUCAUUUGUUCGGGACGCGGGCACCAGAGGUGCAGCGAGAGUGAAAUUUUUCCUGUUUAAAGCAGAGACGUUUUUAUGUUGAAAAAAUGUUGAUUGUUGAAUCUUAAAUGUUGAUUACCUAUCGAAGUGCGGUUAAUAAGUGAGUGGCUUCAGAUUUGUGUCGGAAGACAAUUUGCCCCUAAAUUGUAAAGAGAAAAAAAAAACAUGUUUUGACCUCUGGUGUCCGCGGCCCAUUUUGUUCAUCAAGAUUUUAUAAUAGGGCCCCGAGCAGACAAGCCGCGGUUGCGAGCAGCCGUCGCUUCUCCGCAAGGGGCGUUCGUCGGUGAGCAGAUGGAAAGGCGGAAAACUGUCAAUUGGAGACAACCUGGUGUAUAAAACCCAUCUUACAAAAUAUUAAUACAAACUAAAGUACUAGCAUUGCAAAUAUGCCUCCGUGCUCGAGGCGGAUCAAUUAAUAAUUGUUCGUGUCGCGAACUCUGCUGCAGCAGCUCAAGUCACGUCAAAACGCGCAUAACUACCAUAAGAAUAACCGCAUUUAAUAAAAAAGAAGAGAAUCUAUUGCAUAAUGUAAUUAAAAAAAAAGGACGAGAAAAAAAACA